AUGAGACCUAUUCUGCUGUCGGGUCAUGAACGUUCCCUCAACCAAAUUCGUUUCAACAAGGACGGCGACCUCCUUUUCUCAGUUUCCAAGGAUAAGAAUGUGUGCGCGUGGUGGACUGCCAACGGCGAGCGCCUCGGAACGUAUGCCGGUCACCAGGGUGCUAUCUGGACUGUCGACGUGAGCCCCAACACCGUUAUUCUUGCGACUGGUUCUGCAGACAACACCGUGCGGUUAUGGAACAUUAAGACUGGCGAGUGUGUGAAGGUGUGGGAUUUCCCGACUGCCGUGAAGCGGGUAGCAUUCUCUCCGGAUGGAAGCCAAUUGUUGGCUGUGACGGAGAAGCGUAUGGGUUUCCUGGGCACAAUCGCUGUUCUCGAUAUCGCCUACGGCGAUGGCGAGGGCGACAACCUCGAAUCACAGGCCGGCGAGCCAACCUUGGUCAUUACUUGCACCGAGAGUAAGGCGACAGUGGCAGGAUGGAGCUUCUUGGGCAAGUACAUUAUUGCUGGACACGAGGACGGCAGUGUCAGCCAGUACGACCCUAAGACCGGUGAUCAGCUGGAGAACGUCCAGGUCCACGAAUUUGACCACCAGAUCAACGACAUCCAAUUCUCUGCCGACCGCACUCACUUCAUCACCGCCUCCAAGGAUAAGUCUGCCAAGCUCAUGUCCGCUCGCGAACUCGCCAUCCUGAAAACCUACACCGCCGAUACCCCCCUCAACUCCGCCUCUAUUACCGCUAAGAAGGACUACGUUAUCCUGGGAGGUGGUCAGGCCGCCAUGGAUGUCACAACCACCUCUGCUCGCCAAGGUAAAUUCGAGGCUCGUUUCUACCACAAGAUCUUCGAAGACGAGAUCGGCCGUGUCCGUGGCCACUUCGGUCCCCUCAACACCAUCGAUGUUCACCCCUCCGGUACCGCUUACGCCUCCGGUGGUGAGGACGGUUACGUCCGUAUUCACCACUUCGAUAAGGGCUACUUUGACUUCAUGUAUGAGGUUGAGCGGGAGCAGCUGCGAAAGUAA